CCCUGACUUUUCAUCUGAAAUUACACUAUUAUCCUUCUUUCCCCAACCUUCUUCUACUUCUUCUCUCUACCUGGUUCUGUAAAUCGACGCACUACGCAACCGUAUCAACUCUUCUCAUUGAUUUUUGUAUCAACAAUGGUUUGCUUGGUUUGUUUGGUUCCCCUAUUUCUGAUCCCAAUUGUUAAUUUCCUCCCUCUUCUCUUUGAUUUUCUCAUGGGAAAAAUCUAUGGGGUUUUUGGUUGGGAGUACAGAAAACCAGAGAGAGUUCCUCCAGCAUGUCCAAUUAAGCCUUCAAACAAAACUAUUACUAAAGAUGAGGCAAAUGCUGGACCACCUCCGACAGAACCUGCCAAACCUGGAAGUGUAGAUUUAAAGCAGGAUUAAUCUGGGGUAGCUUCUCUACAACAAGGUUUGAUAGAAAAAGAAAGAAAAAUUAUCACAUCUGAUGGUUCAUAUCUGUAACUUAUAUUAUAGGUAAUGUUGUUGUCAUUCUCAUCAUCAUAUUACUUGAGAUCAUUUAUAAUACAAAUUGGUAGCUUUUUUUUUUGGAAAAAAUGUUGGUAGCUUUAUAUUGAUGAGUUUUUUUCUUCCAAUUUUCAAAGAUAACUCGUCAAUAUAAAUUCAAUUAUAAUAGUUUGCCCUCAAUUUUUGCAUGUAAAACCUAUAUAACAUUGGGUCUUGAUUUUCACGGUCAUUCCAAAAAAGGGAAGAUCGUUUGGAACUUUGUAAGGAAUGUUGUGUGAAACAACAGCACAUGAGAAUUUCCUUUUCUUUUUACACAAGAGACUUAUUUGUAUUUAACAUUUCAGUAUCAUUAAAAAAUAAAGGAAAAACAAUAUCCAUUAUCCAAAUUAUUGCUACUUGACUGUUAUUGACCUUUUCUAAACAAAAACAAAACAUCAAAAUUCCAACAUAAAAAUUGAAACCAAGAGUUACUAAGGUUCAUGACAAACACAUUAAAUGAACAUAUAAAUCAUGGUUAAAACAAAUACCCUAAAAAAGGAAAUCUACUUGAAAACACGGUUGGAAGCAGUAAGUAGUAGAUUGUCAUCUUGAAAGAAUCAAAUCUAUCAAUGGGUGUGGUUGUAUUGUCUUUAUUUUAUUUUUUUGAAACAUUGUAUUGUCUUCAUUAAAUCCGUCUUAUUUUCACUUUCAGUCUAUUUCCUAUCUUUCUUCAGGGCAUCUAUAUGUGUUAUUUCUCAAAUUGAAACCUUCGGGGUGAUAGUGGGUUGAGUUUCUGUUAGGUACGGGGUUUGGGCCAAAUAGAGAUUUGGUUACAAUUUGUUUAUGUGGCAAAUCUAUUAGAUAGAAAACAUAAUUAUAUCACAAAAGUGCAGUUCACAACAAUGAGGCGAUCAUUGGGAGGUCUAGGUUUUAGUGAUUUACUUGGUGUCAAUAAGAGGGUGGGACCAUACCAACAAACAUGGUUUUCACAAAGGUUAAGAAAGUUGGUCGGAGAUGGGAAAAUUUGUGGCUGGUUAGUGUGACUCUAAGGGAAUGUCUUAACUGUCUAUUGUGGAUGGUAAAGGAGAGUGGCUUUGGAGAUAGGAGGGAGCUCUAUUUCAAAUUUUCAAUGAGAAAACAUAUGUUAGUGGAGUGCAUAGUAGUGUUAAAUUAUUCAUAACAUAAUUUUGAAGUAGAUGGCAAGUGGUUGUGGAGUGAAGGAAGGGGAGUCAUGUUUUGGCAUAAGAUGGAUAGAGUUUUAAUGGGUGGAUUGGUUCAAGUAAUGUCUGCGUUAGACAAUAAUAUUUUGAGUAAUAUCAUUUGACUUCAAAUUAUCUUUGUGUAUAUGGAGAUUGAUUCAAGAAAACUUGAUCAAAACUGGAGUAACUGAUUUGGAGGUGGAAAGUUGUGGGAAAAUGCGAUAAACUAGAAUUAGUCAAUCACUUAUUUAUUUAUUUAUUUAUUUAUUUAUUUCUUGAGUGUUUGUUUUACUCUAUUGAGUAGAAUGAGAUCUUUUAAAUGGUUUGAUGUAUAUACUGUGAUGAGCAGCAAAGCUAAAGAACACUUUGGUUAGUGAAUAGAGGUUCAUUGCAAUCUUUGUGCGUGAGUGAUUUGGAAAUCAAGGAAUAAAACGUUUUCAAGCAGAAGCCAGAAAGACAAUGAGAUUAAAUUGUUGGUAGAGGAUGUAAAAGUAUAAGUAAAAGUAAAAGCAUUUGAUUUUGAAAUAUCUCUGGUUAUGGUUGACAGUAAAAGCAUUUGAUUUUGAAAUAUCUCUGGUUAUGGUUGACAGUAAAAGCAUUUGAUUUUGAAUAUCUCUGGUGUACGAAUCCCCUUUAUUGCUUUGGGUUAGUGCUUUAGAAUUAGGAUAGUGGUUAUUCAAGCUGGAACAAGUUGUAUUGGAUAGUAGUAAAACCGAGGCUUAAUAGAAUGAAAGGUUGUUGAA